UUUUUAACAAAAUUUAUAAAAUGCUAAUGGAGUACAACGAAAAUCUAUUUCUGCUGUUACAGCACCGUUGAAUUUUAUCAGUUGUUUUAUGAAGAACACUCAAGUGCGUGCUUUGCCUUUUAAAAAUGGCGCCAGCGUGGACACCAUGUGGUAGAGGGAAUCCAAUUGAUCGACGUGUGCGUAAAUUUUAUGUAUAUGCUGUGUGCUUUUGCGGCCGGUGCGCGACGUUGUAUUCACGCGAUGUCUACUGUUACGAAAAAGCCGGAGGUGGUGUUCAUCUUGGGUGGCCCGGGCGCCGGCAAGGGUACACUCUGUCGUUACAUUAUCGAUCGUUACGGUUAUGUUCAUCUGUCAGCAGGUGAUCUACUGCGCGAGGAACGUGCUAAGCCCGGCUCGCAAUACGGCGAACUCAUCGAGACGCAUAUCAAGAAUGGCACUAUUGUCCCCGUCGAGAUCACCUGCAAUCUCAUCGAUCGCGCUAUGCAGAUUUCAGAUAAUCCGCAUAAUCGCUUUCUCAUCGAUGGCUUUCCCAGAAAUCAAGAUAACCUCGAAGGCUGGAAUAAGGUGAUGGCUGACAAGGUGAUCUUCAAAGGCGUAAUAUUCUGUGAGUGUAGCCAGGAAGUCUGUACUCAACGCUGUCUGAAACGUGGCGCCAGUGGAAGUGGCCGUAGUGAUGAUAACGAACAGUCACUGGUAUUUCGUCAUCAGACCUAUCUAAAAAAUACAUUACCAAUAAUAGAAAUGUAUGAGAAAGAGGGCUUAGUUUAUAAAGUUAAUUCUAUGAAAACACCGGAAGAGGUGUUUCAAGAUGUAGCAGAAUUUCUUCCUAAAAUGGGAUGGAUUGGAUUUUUUAUUCGGAAUAAGACAGAUUUUAAUUGAUCUAGUUUCAAUAUUGAUAUCGUCAUUUUAUUUUUAAUCUUUGUACUUAUCAUUUUGCAAC